GGCUGUGGCUGUUGUACAGGGAGUAAGAAUUGCUGGAGAAACUACUACGACGUUCUGGAUGUGUCAGGAAUAGCCAGAACGUGGGGAUUUAUGACCGAAAAUUACUCUCUAACGUUGGACGACGGGUAUAUUAUUACGGUAUUUAGAGUAUACAAUGAAAUUACCCAAAAUACUCCUAUAGUGCUGGGCCAUGGCUCGCUAACCAAUCCUAUUUGUUGGAUGUUUUCCGGCAACAACUCUCUCUCUUAUGUUUUGGGGAACAAGGGAUACGACGUUUGGAUGGUUAGUUUUCGAGGUACUUCUUAUAGUAACGAACAUGUAUAUCUUUCAUCUAAAGAUCAUAAGUACUGGCAAUUCACCUUCCACCAAAUGGGAAUUUACGACUUAAAAUCAACCCUUGACUUGGUCUACAACACCACAAAUCAAAAAGCCAUUUACAUAGGAUAUUCAAUGGGGACAACCAAUAGCUAUGUGUAUUGCUCUUUGCUUCGGAGCCAUUGUGAGGAAAGACUUUUGGGAGUUAUUUCUUACGCACCUGUAGGUUAUUUACAGGACGCUAAGGGAGUCUUGCCAAUUUUGUGGCAGCCUUUUAUUUGGCCCACAGUGAAGGCAUUAACGUAUACAUUCUUCAAUGGUGAAUUUCUGAAAGUAACUCCGAUUUAUCAAUUUUUUACUAAGAUAGUCGCCGCAUCGCCUUUGGGAAACUACGUGAUGGCUUUCCUUCUAGGACUAUCCCAAGGAAUUCAUAUCAACACAAUUGACCCGAGUUAUUUUCCUGUUGUAAUAAUCAGAUGGUUAGACAGUGUUGGAAUCGAAGUCUACACUCAUUAUUCUCAAAUGAUGAUCGGCAAAAAUUUUAGUCUGUUCGAUUACGGCAAGCAAGGGAACAUCGAACAUUAUUCUCAAGAAUAUCCUCCCGCCUAUCCCACUCAUGACAUUUCCGUUCCUGUAGCGAUGUUUGUUGGAAAGAACGAUUAUCUCUCCACAUUAACGUCUUCCAUGAAGUUGUACAACAUGCUAAAUUCAAAGUCGCGGUGCGGUUACCAAAUUUUGGAAGAUCCACAAUGGAGUCAUUACGACUUUGCCAUUGCCAAAACUUUACCGAUUCUACAUCGACUCACAUUCGCGAAAAUUAAAGACAUGCAACAGAAAACAUGCAUUUCGGCAUGACCUCAAGCCAUAAUUAUAAACAAUGAAGUGGAUAAAUAAGAUCAAUGUGCUAGGUAGUCUCGACCAGUUAUUAUUAUAUUUAAAAUAUUUCUCUUACCAGAUGUAUGUUGCUCUUAUAUGUGUAAACCAGAAGAUAAGUAAGUAAGUAAUACUUGUAAAAAGUUUAAAAAAUAUUAUAUAAUAAUGUUCAACAAAAUUUGUUUUGCUUCUAUACUUUUUCGUUUCUUUUCCCCUAAAUAUUUCAAGUUUAGUAUGCAUUCAUUAAAUGGAAUUGCAUUAUGACACAUCUAUUGAUAUAUGCUUCUGGUUGAGAUCAAAUGAA